GAGGUUGGCUACACUGUCAUAUAAUCAAUUUAAGGUGGCAGUGGAAACGUGCAUCGCCGAUGCAAGAUUAUGGAAUUACCUACUACAGCUAAUGAUACAGUUUACCAGUUAUACACCAUCAUUAAUGACCCGUCUAGUAUUAUCGUACAAAAUCAAGAACCAGUGCAGACAAUAUUAGCAGUGGGCGAUGAGAGUAAUCAAGUGAUCUAUUACACUUUACCGCACGAAGAAGAUGACGAGGAGGAUGGUGAGGACGAAGAAGAAGUUAGUACCGUCGAUACAAUCUUUACAAGUGAUAAUUCCAAUUCUCUAUCCAAUGUUAAACUCGUCACUAUGCAAGAUGGGCAAAUUUAUUUGUCCACUGAUGAUUCAGUUUCUCAGUUACAAACGGACGACAAUAAAUACACAUUAACGGACGAGGAUUUGCCGACAGUACAGCCGACUGUAUUGAGUACUAGCUCUGAAGAAACGAUAGUCAGCGAAAAACAAAAGGAUGAUGUUGAGGUCGGUAAUUUUCGUCAGAUCCAGUUGGAAGACGGUACUUGUGCACUCAUAAACGCGUCAUUAUUGGACAGUUUGUUGGAUGCUAACACUAUGACACAAGUAGAGGUGAAAAAGAAGAAGUUUCCGUGUCCAUAUGUCGGUUGUGAGAAGGAAUUUUCUACUGCUCAUCAUUUGACGGUGCACAUUCGUUGUCAUACGGGUACAAGGCCCUACGCUUGCAAUGUGGAAGGCUGUGAUAAGGCAUUUGCAACAGGCUAUUCGCUCAAGGCCCACUUAAGAACACAUACUGGUGAGAAACCAUAUCCAUGUUCACUUUGCCUAAAGAAUUUCAAAACGUCUGGUGAUUUACUGAAACAUAUUCGUACGCAUACUGGUGAAAAACCAUUCAAAUGUCCCAUAGAAGGCUGUGACAAGUCAUUUACUACAUCCAACAUACGUAAGGUCCACAUUCGGUCGCAUACCGGCGAACGCCCCUACACGUGCCCCGUUGCCGAUUGUGGGAAAGCUUUCGCAUCAGCCACAAACUACAAAAACCACAUGCGAAUUCAUUCAGGCGAGAAACCUUACGUUUGUCCUGUUGAGGAUUGCGGGAAACGUUUCACUGAAUACUCGUCACUGUACAAGCACAAUGCUGUGCACCAACCUUAUCGGAAUUUCAAAUGCGAUUACUGCUCACAAUACUUUAAAUUUGAGAAUACGUUGAAACUGCAUAAGAAGACCGUUCAUGGCGUCAUCAUAACAGAUAAUGGUACAGAACUCCUUGUGAAGGAAGAAAAUGAGUUUGGGUCGGUUGUAUUACAAUUUUCGGAAAUGAAUGAUGUACCUGUUUUGUUGACUCCCGAAAGUAAUUUUUUUGAUGGUGAAGAUAAUUUAUAGUAGAUUCUCUCUUAUUUUGGUGAUUAAUAAUCAUACCGGCUUAGUUUACUUAUGUUGUGCCACUUCAACUAGAGAACUGUAGUCUAUUAGAAACGAGAAAGUAUUUACAAAACUUUUUUUCUGCUCAAGGUUAACAUAUUGAAUGCAAUACAAGUACAUUGGAAUCAUGAUACUAUAAUAAUAUGUAUAGUAUGCAUUGAAAUGGGCGUUCAGUAAUUGUUCUGGUGGUGGUUGGCUGUGGUUUUCUCUUUCUAGAGUAAACGUUGGCCAGUUUUAUAAGUUUAUAAGGCGAUUAUGGUUUGAUGUCAAUUAUAAAUAAAUGUGAAAAGACUAAAAGAGGCGCACGUUUAGAAAAACACAUUCAAAAAUUUGAUUUUAAUAAAAAUUCACAUAAAGUAUGCAGCAAGUUCAAAAUCAGAAGGUGGACAACUGUGUAUAAGCAUUUUUUUAGACAAGGCAUAUGUUUUUUUUUGUGACAACUGCCUACUACAGGUGACCUGACCAGUAGAAUAAUUGAACGCCCUUUAUUUUUACAUUUGUCACUUAGUAUUUAUCACCAUAGCGAAUAUAUGGAAUUGGAAUUCUGAAAAACCAAUGUUGUUAACAUGAAAGGAUCAUUUCGUUAGUCGUUUUUACUAUUUUUUAAUAUAUAUGCACCCACAUAGUGUGAUAACAGAAUAAUUGUAUUGUAAAUUUACUUAUCAUGCACAUUUUAAUUUGAAAAUCAGAUUUGCCUUUAGGCAAAUAAAAUUUCAGAAAGAAAA